AUGUCAAUUAAGAGAGAAUCAAAGACCAUUAUUGAAACAACAAGCAGGAGCGAAAAUAUAGAUAGCGCUAUAGCGACUGUACCUUUGGCUCCCCUUGUCACUUUUGAUAUGAAUUUUGAUACUCUGAGAGAUUUUUUAAAUAACGUUGCUAUUGCAAUCAAUCAGCAGGGAACUUACAUAAAGAUAAUCUCUAACUUCACCCCCUCCGUUAACGAACAAAAACAAUUUGUUUACUUACGGAGGGAGGCUAAUUUAUAAUUUUAUAGUAAAUUUUUUUGUUCAAAAUUUAAUGAAAAAAUAUUUUGAUAUAUAAGUGAUAUCUAAUUCUGUUAAAUUUUAAACACCUCUCAAACUGGUACAAAUUAAAUAAAGAAUUGGGAUUUUUUUUCGUUCAGAGUGGGAGGUUUUUUACUCCAAAAAUAGCAAUUUUUCCAAUGAUUUUGUUCGCUCACAGAGGGAGUAAAGAGAUUCAAAAUAAAAUUGCAAAUUCGGAGUUCAACGACAUGCUGUCUGCUUUAACUAACUCCUUUAGGUCAGAAUUCAUCAGUAGAAAAGCAAGCAGCCUGCAUUGGCAAGAAGCUUUAGUUUCGACAACAGAGGGAUUGAGAUCAUUAUCUGAUCAAAUUUUCAAUUUAAAUCAAUUCAAAAGUGACAUUGCAGACAAAGUUUCCCAGAUAGAUAAUCAAAUUAGUAAGAAAGUGGAUGCAAAUGACCAUUCCCACUUGAAGAAAAAACUAAAACACAAAAUAAGUUUGAAAGCUGAAACUAAAGAUUUCAAUGAGAAAACUCGAGACCUCAGAGACAUCAUUGGGAGAAAUGAAGAAAAAGUUGGGAAAUUUAUGGUCGAUAUGGAAAAAAAGUUCAAUGAUUUGGAAACAAAAACGCUGUGAAAGUUAAAAGACUGUGAAGAUUUGCUCAAAACCCGAGUCAAUGAAAAGUUCGUUUGAGAUUCUUUGAAUACAGUCGAGUUAAGGCUUAAAAGGGACAUUUUAGGGAUGAGUGAAAAGAAACUUGACAAGUUUGAGACAUUGCUUAAAGAUUUAGAAAAGAUCGUUAGAGAAGAUGAUCAAGAAAUGAGCGUGUUUAAAAAAGCACUGAAAGAACUGAAAGAAGAGUAAAUUUUAUGUAGAGUUGAUAAGAAGUUAUGAAUGCUAAGCUAUGAAGAACUCAAUGCAAAAAUAGACUCAGUUAAAAGCUCGUUACCAGAAAUGCCAGACUUUUCUAAAGAAUUCAAAGAAAUUGAAUCUAAAAUAGAAAGGAUCCAUCAAGAGCUUAUGAUGCAUAGCAGCGUACUCUCAAAUGUACCUGAAAAAGAUUUCACCUUAAAGCAGCAGCUUGAAUUUUUGACAAAAGAAUUUGAAAAAAUCCAAGCCGAUCUCAGGCUAAAAGUUGAUCGUGACGUGAUCUCUGACUUAAUCGGAAACCAGAAUAAGCAGCAGCCUAAAUCUGUCACAAUAGAGCAUCACGAAUCUACAGAAUUUUGGAAAUUUAGAGAAAAAGCUAACAAUAACUUCAAAAUUAUUGACGAAAAGUUUGACAAGGUUGCAAAAUUGCUUGACAAUUCUCAGCUAAAAAAGAUCAUCAAAGAUAAAGCAGAUCGAGAAGAACUAAUGAAUUUGAUUAAAGACCACGAACAAAGGAUCUCUAUCCUUGAAAGCCUUGUAAAAACCUGUGAUAAAAACUGUGAGAAUUUAGAAGGGUGCAUUAGAAAAAUCAUCCUGCAGUUUCAAGAGACAAAUGACGAUUUUGGAAAUGCAUUAAUUUCCAAGAAAAAAUUAUUCUCUUUAAUGAUAAAUGGCAAUUUAUGUCCCAUAGUUUAAAGUUUGAUGCAUUCUUCUUUAGAAAUAUAUUAACUCCCUCUCUAUGUUCUUAUAAGCAAAAAAUGUGUAAUACGAGAUCUUUUGUAUGAAAUAUUUCAAUAUAUAAUUAGCCAUUAUAAGAAUGAGACCUCCAGCUAGUUAUAUUAAAUUUAAACAGAUUGCAUCUUUUAAAAGUAAAAUCAGAGCAAUAGAAUUGGGAAAUUUUAAAAAAAAUUUAGCAAGCAUAAAUAUAUAAUGGAGGAGAGCAAGAAAUAAUGCAUGCUUGUCUUGUGGCAGAGGGGAGAUCAAUUUUCCAAUUAUGACUCACAUCCAAGGCUUUGAUGGAAGAUUUUAUAAAGCCGAUGACUCAAAAAUCAAAGCAGGUGUCACAACUCUGACAGAAUAUACAGAAAGCUCGCCAGAGCUAAACCUUCAAGAAAUGACUCAAAAUACAAGAACGACUGACGACACUUCCCCGCUCCGGACUCUUCGUAUUAGAAGUAAUCUUAAAUAUCCCCAGCAGCUUAUAAAAGGCGCUUCCGGUACAUCAACAAGCCCAGAACUCCAUAGAAAUAGACCUCAAAGUGCUAGACGAGCUUAA